AUGGAGGACAUAGUUAGUCCAAAAAUUGAUUGGAAUCAGCACAAAGCAAAAAGGUUUUACUCCUCUGUCGAGCCAGCCUCUAUGGCAUCUUCUACGGCUCCCUCCACAGAAGUGCUGGACAAAUCUACAUGGCUCAAGAAGCAUAUAGCCUGGGCAAAAAAUCAAUAUUCUCAUUAUUUGUUAGGAGCUGAUCGUGUUCUACCUCCUUAUGAAAAGCUCUCAACAAGGUCAGCUGUCGGGGUACGUCGCGGUUUACAUAGCCUAAAGCUCCUCUUAUAUGCCAUUUCCUCUGUCUUCCUUAUCUUCUACGCUUUCCGCGUUAUUUCUUCCAGUACUAUCUUUCAAACGGCUGUAUCAACUUACAAUGACGAAACAGAAUAUCUUGUGGAAUUGCAAAAAAUUACUUCUCUCAGAGAAUUGAUGAAGGAUUUGCCUUCUUCACAGUCAAUUCGUGACAUAUUUUUGCAUUAUGCCUCUCAUUCCCACCUUGCUGGCUCUCGCAAAGAUCAUGAUCUAGCCAAAUGGACCCGUGAUCAAUUCGAAAAAUUUGGGCUCAGCAACGCCACCAUUGAAACGUACUAUCCUUAUUUGAAUUAUCCUAUUCAUCGUGAGCUGGCGAUUGUCUCAGGCCCUACUGAACUAUUGUAUACGGCAAAAUUGAGGGAAACCGAAGACGACGCAGUGCCCCCAUUCCAUGCUUACUCUGCAAACGGCAAUGUUACCGGCUCUGUUGUUUACGUGAACUAUGGUCGACUUGAAGAUUUUGAGUAUUUAGUUUCAAACAAGGUUGAUGUGAGAGGCACUAUUGCUUUGAUACGCCAUGGCAUGAUCCCGAGUGGUAUGAAGGUGCAAAUUGCUGAGACAUUUGGCUGUCUUGGUGCCCUUAUUUUCACAGAUCCUGAAUACGCAUCUUCUCAAAAACAAGAAUACGUCGUAACCAACAAACACAAUGUGAUUGGCCCCACUACUGUCUACAGAGAUACUGUGCAAUACGGAUUUAUUUAUCCUGGUGACCCGUACACCCCCGGUUAUCCUGCAACUUUUAAUGCUACACGAAAUGCUACAGCUUCAAAUUUGCCUACUAUUCCUUCGUUACCUAUCUCUUGGUCAGAUGCUCUUCCUCUAUUGCGUGCUACACAAGGAUUGGGUCUCACCUUGGACAACUGGGUUGGCGGCUUAAAAGAAGUCAAUUACUUUACAGGUCCUAGUGUUGCGCAAGUCAAACUCGUUAACUUUAAUGAAUACAAGAUUAAACCUAUAUGGAAUGUCAUGGCUCGUAUUGAAGGAGCCGAAGAUGAAAAGGCUAUUAUUAUUGGCAACCAUCGUGAUGCAUGGGAUCAAGGGGCUGCUGACCCCUCCUCUGGUUCAGCUGUAUUGCUUGAACUGGCUCGAGUGUUUGGUAUUCUCUUAGAGAAAGGUUGGAAGCCUCGUCGCACGAUCAUUUUAGCGUCCUGGGAUGCAAACGAAUACGGUACUGUUGGUUCUACUGAGUAUGUUGAGGAGCAUCAAGAAUGGCUUGAUAAGAAUGCGAUCGUCUAUUUGAACGUCGAUCAUGCUGUCACCGGUCCUCAUUUUCAAGCUGAAGCUUCGCCUUUAUUGUACCGAAUUAUCACUGAAGUUACAGAUAUGGUGAUUGAUCCCAUUACGAGCGAAACCGUAUUUAAAACUUGGAACCAUCGACAUGAGAAAAAGAUGCAAAGAAAUAACAUGACUACUUCCUUAAUUCCACCUGUCGGGAGUUCCACGCAUAAAUUAGAUUCAGUUGCUUUUUUUGAGCAUGCCGGUAUUUCAAGCCUUUCCAUGUCCUUUGAAAGCAAGGAAUUUGAAGCUGUAGCCCAUAGUGCAUUUGAUAGUAUUACAUGGAUGGAACGUAUCGGUGAUCCUACGUUCGAAUAUCACCAGGCCAUGGUCAAGAUUUGGGGCUUGCUUACUAUGCGCUUGUCAACUGACGUGAUAUUGCCUCUGUACCCACUUGACUAUGCCUUGGUCAUGAAGGAAUAUUUGGACACCCUGACAUCUCCUGAUGCCGAUAAUAACGACCAUGCUGUUGAAGAUAUGAAGAAGCAUCACAAAAAGCACAAAAACAAGAAGAAGCAUCCAAAGAAAGAGGAGCCCACCGUACCAGCACCAGCACCAACACCGGCACCAUCACCAGCACCAUCACCAGCACCACCAUUGUGCUCCAACUCCACGAGGGAAGACUACGAGUUGCCCAUACUCGCUUCCUCAUUGAAGUCGUUCUACAAGACUGCUAUCAAAUUUGACGCCAAACUACAAGAUUUGGAUCACUUUUCAUCAUCUAUCGGUAUCAGUAAAAAUAAGAAGAAGCAUAAGAAGUUAUUGGAAAAGGUCAAGAAAGCAAAUGAACGUCUUGCCAACUUUGAACGCGUCUUUGUCAAAAAUGAUGGUUUACUGUUGGAUAGACCUUGGUAUAAGCACGCAAUCUAUGGUCGAUCUGCAAAAUCUGGUUUAUUGGAGGCUUUCCCUAGUAUUGUCGAGUCAAGAGAACUAAGUGAUAUUGUUAAGCUCAAAGAAACAGAAACUGUAUUGGCGGCCGUUUUGAAGAACGCUCGCAGCAUGCUCUCCAAGGGAAAAAUGAAAAAUCUCUCUGGCCAACCUGUACCUAAUGAUGGUCAUGAAGAUGAAGAUUCUAAAGAGAGCAUCACCCUUUAA